UAAGCCAUUCGUUCUCGAUUAUCCGUGCAGAAUAGUUUUUCGUUCAACAAGCGCAGCGAAACCUUUGGCGUAAGCUUCGUGCAAACAAGUUUUAUGCCUUCGGAAAAUCAAUUACCAAAUCUUUUCGGCGCUUGCAUUUUGUUUUCGAGAAGUGUGUGUUUUGGCCGUACCGUGUUAAGAACACUGCAGUUUGGUGAAGUAAGCCGAAUAAUUCUCCCCAUGUAGCUGGGUGGCGUGUGUUGUGCGUGUGCAUAUGUGCACACGGAUGCGUUCGCCUGACGUUUGGUUGUCCGCAGGUUGCUAACAAAAAGUCUAUCAAUUUGUGUUGUUUUCGUGCAAACUAGCUGGUAGCGAGAGCGGAGGAGUUUAAGGAAAUACUGAAUCAAAACAUUAUUCGUCCGGUGGUGCUAGCGUUCCACGCGUUACGAUGCGACAGUGGUCGAGAGGUUAAUGCAGUGCGUGCACACGAUGCACACGGCCGCAAAGAAGCAGCGUAAACAAAUACGCAAUAGGAGCACUAUUCUGCGCGAGCGAGCUCACCCGGUGCAAGGUGAUUGGUGAAGAGGGCCCGAAGCUUUACCGACGCGACGCUACGGUGUGCCGCCGUACGUAAUGGUACAUGCCUGACGGAGGAAGGGGGUUCACAGCACCACCAGCAGAUUCGCGCGUGACCCGCAGCAACCUGUCCCGGUCGGAAAGGUGACAGACGACGCACUUACCGACUGCUACGAUUUCUAAACAAUGAACGCGCCAUAUCCGACACCGAACGCAUGCUACACGGACAUCAAGCAGGGCAUCCUUUCCUACACGUUACCCCUGCGCACCGAUCUGAGCGAUAUACCGGGACCGCCCAUUAGCUUGCUGCCAACCCCGCCCCACAGCCUGCUACCAACCGUCGCGCAGGACAAAUCAUCGUCCUCCUCCGGGCAGAAGAAGAAGCGCCGCGCGUACGUGAACGAAAGCGAGGAGGCCCGAGCACGCCGCCUAGCGCGCAACGCAGAAAGGAUGCGGCAGAAGCGCGCCAACGAGACGGAGGAAGAGUACCGGCUGCGGCUGGCCAAGAAUGCGGAAAGCAAUCGACGGAAGCGACAAAACGAGACUGAUCUAGAGCGCACCAUCCGCCAUGCCCGCAGUGCGGCACGCGAACGCUUACGGCGCGCGAUGGAAACGCCCGAGCAGCGGGCGGUCCGGUUGGCCAAGCUGGCCGAACGGAUGCGUAUCGCCCGUGCGAACGAAACGCCCGAACAGCGGGCCAUGCGGCUGGCCAAGAACGCGGCCAAAGCGAAGGAGCGCCUGAUGAAGGAGUCGCCCGAACAGUGGAUCGAGCGAAAGCGAAAGAAAGCGGAAUACGCCCGGCGCAAACGGAGCGGCAACCCGAACAGCUCUGCCGGCAGCAGCAGCAGCAACGAUGCGGCCAUACACAGUACGCUCGCUUCGCCCGAGCUUUCCUACGGCCAUAGCUACGUCCCCGACCUUGGCCACGGGGUGCCGCCGGACGUGAAGGACAUCAAGCUGAUAGCCUCGCCGAAGCAGCACGGCGGCAGCGGCGCACAGCAACCGGAACAGAUCUACAGCACACCGCACCUGCCCUUCAUGGGGCACGAGGUGAAGGCGGCCGAUUUUCUCCCGGGUGCGGUAGUGCAGCACCCGGGCGCGACCGCCCUACACCACCACGACCUGUCCAACCCGAACAACGUGCUAAAGUUUCACGUGCUACCCUACUCGCUGCCGCCCGGUGCAGCGCCACCGGCGGUACCGGCUGGCCCCGGUAUGCCACCCCAUCCCGGACAUACGGUGUACAAACACAGCAAACAUUUGAAGCGACAAUUGGCACGAAAUAUGAAUGGAUUUUUCCAAAUCAACACAUAUUACAAUGAGUUUAAGCAAGAGGUUGACGCUGCUUACGCCGCUGCACCGAUUCCUCCGCAAGCAGUCCAGCAGCAUCACCAGCAGCCGCAGCCACAACGGCAGCAACAACAACAACGGCAGCAGCAACAACAGCAACGCCAGCAGCAGCAGCAACAACGCCAGCAGCAGCAACAACAACGCCAGCAGCAGCAACAACCACAACAACGGCCGCAAGUAGCUGUAAGCGAGAGCAGUGUCACGUCCACCCAGCACACGCUGACCCUGGGCAGUAGUAGCAAGCAGCAGCCGGAUCUGAGCAAAAACCAGCGCCGUUUUGUGCACGAAACCGAGGAAGCGCGGGAGAAACGGCUGUCGCGGAACGCGGAGCGUAUGCGCCAGAAGCGGGCGAUGGAAACGGAGGAGCAGAGUCGGAAGCGUAUGGCCGAAAACGCGGAGCGCAUGCGACGGAAACGGGCGGCCGAGACGGAGGAAGCUUAUCGUAUGCGAAUGGAACGCAACGCCGCCUUCAAGAUGACGGACGAGUAUCGGCGCCGGCUGAACGAAAAUGCCGAGCGCAAUCGGCGAAGGCGCCAGAACGAAACCGAACUGGAGCGCAGCAUCCGGCGGGCACGGAGCGCCGCCCGGGAACGGUUGCGCCGGGCAAUGGAGUCGCCCGAGCAGCGGGCCGUCCGAUUGGCAAAGCUAGCCGAACGGAUGCGCAUGACGCGGGAACGGCUGUGGACAACCAUGGAGACACCGGAGCAGCGGGCAGAACGGUUGGCUCGGCUGGCCGAGCGGAUGCGCAUUGCUCGGGCGAACGAAACACCCGAACAGCGUGCCCUUCGGCUGGCCAAGAAUGCUGCCCGGGCGCGGCAACGCUUCCUGAACGAGUCACCCGAACAGUGGAUCGAUCGGAAGCGGAAAAAGGCGGAGUAUGCCCGGCAGAAGCGGGCGGCCGCAGCCCUCGGUAUUGAGGGCGCCAUCAUCACGUCAACCAGCAGCGCGAGCGCACCCCCCGGUCCCAGUCAUGCAAGCCAUGGCUUACAGCACGCUUCCGGGCCCUCGGUUGGCUUUCCGGGCCAUGCGCCAUCCACCCUGCCCGAAACGAUACUGCAUGCGACCGGCGGGGCACAACAGCCGACGGGUAGUACUAGCAGUGGCGGCAGCAGCAGUACCGGCGGGGGCUCAUCCAGCAGCAAACAGAAGCAUUCUUCCGCGGCGGGACAACUACACUCGGAGCACAUUUACGCCACGCCACAAGUCAUAUUCAGCGGUGGCGACUUCAAACCGCACGAGCUGCUGAACGUAAACGGGCAACACUUGGUCAUGCAGGCGGACCCGAACUGUCCCAACAAUCUGUAUAAGCUGCACAUUCUACCGUACCCCUUCCCGUCUGCGGCGGCAUCAGGCAGUGGCUCCGCUCCGCACGCCGACCAGCCGAGUGCAUACAAAACCAAGCAAGCAUGUAAACACACCAACCAGCAACUAAAUAUGAAUGGAUUCUUUCAGCUCAAUCCAUACUAUAAUGACAUUAAGCAAGAGAUCGUGGUCCCAUACGCAGCAGCACCUGUCGUGGCGACCACCUUGCCGCAAACAAUACAGAGCAGCGUCCCGCAACAACUACAGCAGCAGCAGCAGCCAGGAACCAUUAGUGCCGGUGACGAUCGUUCCGUAAGCGUACCGCACCACCUGUCGCCCCUGUCGAAAAGCCAGCGACGGUUUCUGCACGAAAGCCCCGAAGCCCGGGCGAAGCGGUUGGCGCGGAACGCGGAGCGUAUGCGCCAGAAGCGGGCCGCCGAAUCGGAGGACGAGUACCGCAAGCGGAUGGCCCAGAACGCGGAAAGGAUGCGGAAGCGGCGGGCGGCCGAAUCGGAGGAGGAGUACCGGAAUCGGAUGCACCGCAACGCGGAAAACAAGUACAGCGAGGAGUACCAGAUACGGCUGGCGAAAAACGCCGAGCGGAACCGUCUGCGGCGGCAAAAUGAGACUGACCUCGAGCGGAGCAUACGGCGGGCCCGUAGUGCGGCACGCGAACGCUUACGGCGCGCGAUGGAAACGCCCGAGCAGCGGGCGGUACGGUUGGCCAAGCUGGCCGAACGGAUGCGUAUCGCCCGUGCGAACGAAACGCCUGAACAGCGGGCGUUGAGGCUGGCCAAGAACGCAGCCAAAGCGAAGGAGCGGCUGCUAAACGAAACGCCCGAACAGUGGAUCGAACGGAAGCGAAAAAAGGCCGAGUAUGCGCGGCAAAAGCGCAGUGCGGCGGCUGCCGCCGGCAAACUGGGCCUCUCGACUACCUGCAACUCCUCCAGCAGCAAUGCCAGCGCACCGUCCGCGGCGGGCGGCAGCGAAACGGCGGGCUUUAGCCACGCGCCGACCGCAACCAGCACGUACAAUCUCGAACCCACUCACUCCCUCGUGUCGCUGUCGACGACGGACCUGAAGGACAUCAAGCUAAUAUCAGCACAAAAGCCCGGCCAAAUGUUGCAGCUGCCGGAGCAACUGUACGCUACGCCGCACAUCCCUUUCAACGGGACCGACCUGAAGCCGCCGGAGUUUUUAACCAGCAGCGGGCAAGCGGCGACGAGCGGCCAGGGCGGCCCACCCCACCACAUCAUGCAGCCCGAGCUGUACAAGUUCCACAUACUGCCCUACACCUUCUCCCCCACGGCCGGUGCAGUGCAUCCGACGCAGGCGGACUACAAGGGCAAAUAG